CCCUACAACACGGCGGAGAUCAGAGAAAAUGAGAGAGGAGUUAAGGAGAAGCAACCGACCAGGACAGGAGCACUGGCAGGACCUAGUUAUAAUGGGAGCUCCGAGAGCGUCGCGGUAUACCCACUGGCCAUGGGAUGCAUUGGACACGCUCACCUGCAUCCUGAUGACCCCAUUUCAGCAGCUCAUCUCGCUAUCUUUGUCGUGCUACUGCUUCACCAAUUUUGAUAAAUCUUCACUCUCCAUCGUUAUCGUCAGGUAUGCUGUCUUGGGCCCAAUUCUUUUCCUUCUAACACUUUGUACAGCUCCAUUUGCUGCAGUGGGCUACAUUAUGUGGGUGCUUAUCAACUUAUUCACCAACAUUCAGCCAUUUUAUUAUGUUUCUCCAAAGAACCAGAAUCCUCGUCAAGAGUCCCAGUGUCCAUCCAGGUUCACUAUUUGCUCUGCAAAUGUCAUCCUGAGUCCAGAGAUUUUUGUGCGCAUAAACAAAAACAGGAAUGUGUACUGGAGGGUGUUUGAGGUUGCUAGGAGACUUCUGUGUCAAGAUCCAUUGCUAAACCAGAAACAGAAUCUUCAGACUCCAGUGAAUAGAGAAGCUAUAGUCGAGAGUAAGCUUCCAGAUGUUGAUGUGUUUAUCCUACAAGAAGUGUUUGAAAGGGUCAUUGGAGUAACAUUAAUUAAGCAAUUGAAACAGAAGUACCCCUUCAUUAUUUAUGACGUCGGCAGACAUUGUAUGGAAACCAACUAUUUUUGUCUCGGAAGUGGGCUGUUUUUAGCAUCUCGGUAUCCUGUACUUGAGGCCUGUUUUCAUCCAUUUACUUACUGCACAAAGUUUGGUAAAUUCUUAAGUUAUGGAAUGCUUCUGACAAAGCUUGAUUUGGGAUUGCUGAAAAAAAGGAAUGAGGAGCUGCAUGCUGUUGGCUAUGUAGCUAAUCUACACACUCAGGCCUAUCAAGGAGAAGAUAAAGUGCUGGUCCAUCAGCUGGAGCAGACACGACUGUGGAUGAACACCUUCAUCCAGACUACCCACAAUACUCGUACUGAAAUUGUGGUUUUUGCCAUAAUUGGAGGAGAUUUCAAUUGUGACAAUUUGUCUCCAGGUGACGUUGGGACUCAAAAUCUGCCUUUGUGGGACGAGUAUGAGGAUCCCUGCCGGGAAAGUGCGGGAAAUGACAAACCCUGGACAAUCGGCACAGAGCUUCGUCAGUGUCUCAUUCACCAUUCAAUUGCACAAAAUCCGGAAAGUUUUAGAAAAAUUCUCCUUGAUGAUAUUCAACGCAGACAUUACAUUCUGGAUGCUGAUGUAAAGGAACAGGCUCCUGAUUUAAUGUGGAUUGCACCGAAGGCAGACUCAUCAGGUAGAGUACGUGCCGUGAGAGAAGGUGGCCGGAGGCGGAUAGACUACCUGAUAGCAAGACAUAAUGACGAGGCAACACCCUCAGCAUUUUGGUUCUGCAGUGUAAUGGCAGGGCUUUCUGAUCACAUUCCCAUAGCUUUAAUGGUUGAAAGAAAGUAAUAAGAAUUUAUAUAUGUGUAAACAAAUGUAUAUCUUAGCAAAAUCCUUGUCUGCCAAGUAUGGAAAGUAGUUUUUAAGCAAUUAGAAUCAAAAUCUGUAUGGUUGUUUAUUGACUUCUUACAUGUCUAGAUGCUAUUUAUGAUUAGAAUAACCAGCACUAAGCUCUGGAAAAAUCCUUGUCUGGAAUCUGGAAAAUCUGGGAAAAAAAAAAAAAAAAAAAAAAAAAAAAGUGCCAAGCCAUCAUGACUAUAUAGCACUGGUGGGGGGGGGGGCAAUAUGAGUAUCAUUGGUGCGUUAAAUAAUCUGCGCAUUCUAUCUUUUGUCUUUUGUUGUCAUCUUAUGAUGUCUCACCAUUUCAAAGACCCUCAUAGUAAAUAGAUAUCUAAUAAUAUAUUGCUAAGAACAAAA